UUCGGCACAACAGAUGAUUGUAAUUUUUGCACACUAGUCUGAAAAGCUGUUUUGCGCAUAAACAAAUAACAAUUCUCUUGCACACUGUGCAACAAAGUGGAUUUUUAAUAAUAAAACAUUGUGGAAACGCUUAAAUGACGAGUUUACCCAAGUGCCGAGUGUGCAUUUGCUCACUGGCUGCAGAAGCUGAGUUUUAUGAUAUGCGAAAGUUGCCCAGAUUGGCGCACAAGUUUGUCACCUGCACGGAUUUAUCAUUUUCGGAGGAGGAGCGUCUGCCAAGUGAACUCUGCCAGGGUUGCCAUGAUCAGCUGGAGCGCCUGUAUGCAUUUCGGGCCAGGUGCAUUGCAGCCGACACCAAAUGGCGCAUGGAAAUCCUGGCAUUCUGCGAGGACACGGAAUCCAUUGAGGAUAAUGAGCAGCUAAAAAGCACGGAUGAAAUAACAGAACUGGAAACAAAUGCUCCUAAGGCAGCUGCGAUUACAGAGCUGCAACCUGCUCAUGAAGAAGCUCCAGUGGCAGCUGAGAAUAUAACACAAAUUCCAACAGUCAACCCGGAAAAUAUUUCUGAAGAGGUUCCACCACAAUCAAAGAGCAUCUACAAGUGCGACAUUUGUGCCACACAGUUCCUGGAGGAGCAUCGUCUGCAGGCGCACAAGCGUCAACAUGGACUCAUGCCAUAUCCCUGCCCUGAGCCAGAUUGUGAUCGUGGCUAUAGCCAUAAGAAUACUUUAAGUGUACACAUGCGCAAGUGCCACAAACUGGGCAAGGAGCACAAGUCGCAUGUUUGCGAAUUCUGUGGCAAGACCUUUGAUACCAUGUGGCGACUGAAGAAUCAUCGUUUUACGCACAAGGACAAAUCGGAGCUGCCGUAUGUGUGUGAAGAUGCGGAAUGCGGCAGACGCUUCUCCAGCAAGCAGCUGUUAAAGGUGCACAUGAUGCGACAUGCCGGGAUUAAGAAUUAUAGAUGCACCUAUUGUGGAGUGCAGAAGACAACGCGAACUGAGCUCAAGAUUCAUCUGAAUUAUCACACGCUGGAGCGCACUUAUUGCUGCCGCAUCUGCUCCAAGGUGUGCAACAGUUCCAGUAAUCUCAAUUUGCAUAUGCGCACCGUUCACGAGCGCUCCAAGAAUUAUCCCUGCACCUACUGCGAUCGUAGCUUUAAUCAGCCAUCACUACGGAAACAACACGAGCUCAUUCAUACCGGAGAGAAGCCUCACGAGUGCGAGGAGUGUGGCCGACACUUUAGGCAGAAGGCCGCUCUUCGCACUCAUCGCAAGAUACAUGAACGGGAAAUCCCCCCAACUCAGGCUCAAUGCUAACUCCUUCUGUAAAUGAUGUGUACGCAUACUGCAAUUAACAGUCAUUUUACAGAGAAUCGCUGUCAUUGUAAAUUAAAGUUUCGGUUAAGCAUUUCUAGCCUGUGGCAUACAUUUAUUUUUAAAGAAUAUAAAUAUUUAAGACUACUA